AUGCAGCACGCAGUGACCGAGGACUACCAGUUGUCCAAGCAGGUGCUGGGCCUGGGCGUGAACGGCAAGGUGCUGGAGUGCUUCCACCGGCGGACGGGGCAGAAGUGCGCCCUGAAGGUCCUGUACGACAGCCCCAAGGCCCGGCAGGAAGUGGAGCAGCACUGGCAGGCGUCGGGCGGCCCCCACAUCGUGCGCAUCCUCGACGUGUACGAGAACAUGCACCGCAACAAGCGCUGUCUGCUCAUCAUCAUGGAGUGCAUGGAGGGUGGUGAGUUGUUCAGCAGGAUUCAGGAGCGUGGCGACCAGGCUUUCACUGAGAGAGAAGCUGCGGAGAUCAUGCGUGAUAUUGGCACCGCCAUCCAGUUCCUGCACAGCCAGAAUAUCGCCCACCGAGACGUCAAGCCCGAAAACCUGCUCUACACGUCCAAGGAGAAAGACGCGGUGCUCAAGCUCACCGACUUCGGCUUUGCCAAGGAGACCACCCAGAAUGCCCUGCAGACACCCUGCUACACUCCCUAUUACGUGGCUCCUGAGGUCCUGGGUCCGGAGAAGUAUGACAAGUCAUGUGACAUGUGGUCCCUGGGCGUCAUCAUGUACAUCCUCCUGUGCGGCUUCCCGCCCUUCUACUCCAACACGGGCCAGGCCAUCUCCCCGGGCAUGAAGCGCAGGAUCCGCCUGGGCCAGUACGGCUUCCCCAACCCCGAGUGGUCGGAGGUCUCCGAGGACGCCAAGCAGCUGAUCCGCCUCCUGCUGAAGACGGACCCCACGGAGCGCCUGACCAUCACGCAGUUCAUGAACCACCCCUGGAUCAACCAAUCCACGGUGGUGCCGCAGACCCCGCUGCACACGGCCCGAGUGCUGCAGGAGGACAGAGACCACUGGGACGAAGUCAAGGAGGAGAUGACCAGUGCCCUGGCGACCAUGCGGGUGGACUACGACCAGGUGAAGAUCAAGGACCUGAAGACCUCGAACAACCGGCUCCUGAACAAGCGGAGGAAGAAGCAGGCGGGCUCCUCGGCCUCGCAGGGCUGCAACAACCAGUAGCUCCCGGGCCUCGGAGCCUGCGGGACGGACUGCAGGGGCUGAGGCCCCGACACAGAGGGCCCAGGUCAUUUUUUUUUUAAACACAAGGACUAUUUUGUUGUGUU